CCCUCCCCUACGAUGAACCAAAUUCGCGCCAUCCAAGCCCUCAACAAGCGCGAAAUCGAAGCCGGCAUCCCGCCCGAAGCCUCUUGGCACGUUGACUACCGCGACACCGCCUUUGUCUACUUUGGCGGCUUACCCUACGACUUGUCCGAGGGCGAUGUGAUCACCAUCUUCAGCCAAUUUGGCGAGCCCGUCUUCCUCAAACUAGUGCGCGACAAGGAAACUGGCAAGUCCAAGGGUUUCGGUUGGUUGAAAUACGAGGACCAGCGCAGCACAGAUUUGGCCGUCGACAAUUUGGGCGGAGCGGAGAUUGGCGGGAGACUGAUCAGGGUCGACCAUGCCAGAUACAAGAUCAGGGAUGAUGAGGAUCCGGAGGAGGGGAGGAUUGGAUGGGAGGAUAUGGUGAGGAAGGAAAGGAGGGAGAAGGGGUUGGUGAGUGAGGUGGAUGAUACUGGAGACGAAGAGGAGGAUGACACAAAGCCGAGGAGGCCGUUGUUGAAGGAGGAAAAGGAGCUGCAGUUGCUGCUGGAGAAUCAUGACGAUGAUGAUUCUAUGAAAGAGUUUUUGAUUGAGGAAAAGAAAAAAGAGGUGGAGGAGGCGCUGAGAAGGGAGAAAAAGAGGGAGGAGAAGGAGAGGCACAAGUCUAGUCGGAGACACAGGCACGAACACGGAGACAAGGACCGGGACAGGGAGCGGGGUGGUCGCCGUCAUCAUCGAUCACACCGGUCUCCGAGAAGAGUUGAGGACGUCGACAGCGACAUCAGAGGCCGCGACCGCAACCACGAUGACCGCACCCGGAGUCGUGAUGACCGUCCUCGUUCUCGUGAUCGUCAUCCCGACAGGAAAAGGCCAAGGUCCGAAAAAGAAGAAACCCCCCCUGCCAAAGAACAAAGAAGAAGACGCGAUGAUGCGGACGACGUGGAGAUGAAGGACGCAAAUUACGACGAUAGGCAAUCGUGGCGAGAUUUCUCCAGGGACAAAGACCGACAUAGGAGAGAUAAGGAGAGAUAUCGGGACCGGGGCCGGGACCUGGACAAGGAAAGAGCCACGGAUAGGGACAGACACAACAGCGAAAGACAUGACCGUGAACGCGAUCUUACAGAUGACCGUGAGCGCCGUCGCCACCGCGAUUUGGGUCGCAGGAGCGAACGCAAGAGCAGCAGAAGUAGGAGUAGGAGCCCAUGGCCGACGUCGAGAGGGUAGACGUAUAACUAGGUACUUAUGCUUGGUCGCCUAAAGAACGCUUCAUGUUUACCCCCAAACGAUCAUUCACAACUGGGAUGACUCGGUGAGUACAACCUGCUGUGUAUUGCCGUGUCUAGGACAAGCUUCUCUUGUUGUGAGGAUAG